GUUGAAGCAUACUGGUCCAAAUAGUCCCGACACGGCCAAUGAUGGCUUUGUACGGCUUAGAGGACUCCCCUUUGGAUGUAGCAAGGAAGAAAUUGUUCAGUUCUUCUCAGGAAAGUGCUUUAAGCCCUUUUUGUAAGCUUGGGAAUGUAUCCACGGAAAGGAUUUUUCAUAGACGGAAUUUCCAGAAGUGAAUCAUAACUACUGUUAGAGCAUAAGAGUGCAUGAUUGUGCUGUGUAGAUCAGUUGUUUGUUGGAAAGUUUAGAUUGUAUGUUUGUCAAUUAUAUGACUUAAAGCUAUGUUUCAAUUUGUAUAUAAAAUGUUUAAAUGUGUAAUUUUUAAAAAAAAGUUGAAGUUCCACUAACUUAAAACAUUGAAAUAUAAAAUGAGGUAAAAGGUGUGUUUUAAGUUUAGUAACUGUUGUAUUUAAUGCUUGAAACUUUAUUAAAUUCAUGUGUAAUUCUCAACAUUAUUUUGCAUAGAUUAGAGUGUUAAUUGUUGAAUUCUUAAUGCAUCCUGUGUUUCAAGUGUUUUUGUUUUUUGUUUUUUUGUUUUUGCAUACUAUGCCAUGGGGUGUGUUAAGAAUUGAGUUAUACUUUGUAAUAAUGGAACUUCAUAUUACUACAAUGCAUAUGUAAAGAGUACUUGUUGAAAACAUACCAUUCGCCUAAAGUUAAAAUUCUGGUUUAUUUAAAGCUAUAAGAAGAAUCAUUUCUGGGCUUGUGAUGUUAAUAUUGCCCCCCUACUGGGGUUAUUUGUCCUUGGGUUGAAGGGUUGGAAAUCGUGCCAAAUGGGAUAACAUUGCCGGUGGACUUCCAGGGGAGGAGUACGGGGGAGGCCUUCGUGCAGUUUGCUUCACAGGAAAUAGCUGAAAAGGCUCUAAAGAAACACAAGGAAAGAAUAGGGCACAGGUGGGGAUGGAUGGUUGGUUGGAUUUGUCACUUUUCUUAUGGUAAACAGUUAAAUCCAUAUUCUCUCUGCUUAGAAGGAAGAAAUCUAUUUUCUAGUCCCAAUUAAUAUUUUGCCACAAUUUUCAAAUUUCCUGUGUAAAGUCCCAUAAUGCAUUGAGAUGAAAGUUUAGGUUUUAAAAUUGUCCCCAGUUAAUUUGAUCUCCCUGACAAUAUUGCAAGAUUCCUAAUUCUAAACAGUAGAGUUGAGAGACUAUGGCUUUAAACAAAUGUUAAUGCAAACCUGGCUUUAGCUGUAAUAACACCCACCCAGUAAAUUAAUAUUACCAUAAGAAAAUGUGAUACUUUCUGAUCUUGUUUUUAAAGUUGAAAUGCAACAAACUUUUCUUGCUGUAUAAAUAUUCUGCAUAUGUAUUAAUAAGCAUAGCUUUCAAGAAAUUGUCACAAAAGGUUUUAUUCUCUUUGCUUGUGACUAUUUUUCAUUGAAGCAUGCGCUUACCUAUGCUGAUUCCUACUAAAAGCAUAGGCCUGGGGUAUUAUUGGCGAAAGGAAAUGUGUAGUGUGGGCUAGACUGUUGGUGGAGGCUGGCUUUUUAGCCCACUUGCUACACAUACUGCCAAUGGAUUUAAGAGCUGAAAUGUUCAAAGUUGAGUGGAAUUCUUUCCCUCCUAAGACAUUUAUUUCUAGUACUCCUCUCUACCCCUAAGGUUGGGCUCUGCCUCUGAGGAGUGAGUUUUACUCUAUGAAUUUUAUGUUAAAUCUUACAAUUGAGUGAAUUUCUGGUCAUUGCCUAUGCAAAUAUAAGAAAUCUGGCUUUAAAUAUUAGUCAGUUUCAUGGCUAUGACUACAUUGUUUUCUUGUGUAACUAAAUACCUGUAUGAAAUGGACUAAUGUUCUCUCUCCCUUCCCCAUCCCCUUCCCUCAUGAACAAUGCUUUAGGUAUAUCGAAAUCUUUAAGAGCAGUCGAGCUGAAGUUAGAACUCACUAUGAUCCACCACGAAAACUUAUGGCCAUGCAGCGGCCAGGUCCCUAUGACAGACCUGGAGCUGGCAGAGGGUAUAACAGCAUUGGCAGGGGAGCUGGCUUUGAACGGAUGAGGCGUGGUGCUUAUGGUGGAGGUUAUGGAGGCUAUGAUGAUUAUAAUGGCUAUAAUGAUGGCUAUGGAUUUGGGUCGGAUAGAUUUGGAAGAGACCUCAAUUACUGUUUUUCAGGAAUGUCUGAUCACAGAUACGGGGAUGGUGGCUCUACUUUCCAGAGCACAACAGGACAUUGUGUACACAUGAGGGGAUUACCUUACAGAGCUACUGAGAACGACAUUUAUAAUUUUUUUUCACCGCUCAACCCUGUGAGAGUACAUAUUGAAAUUGGUCCUGAUGGCAGAGUAACUGGUGAAGCAGAUGUCGAGUUUGCGACUCAUGAAGAUGCUGUGGCAGCGAUGUCAAAAGACAAAGCAAAUAUGCAACACAGAUAUGUAGAACUCUUCUUGAAUUCUACAGCAGGAGCAAGCGGUGGUGCUUACGAACACAGAUAUGUAGAACUCUUCUUGAAUUCUACAGCAGGAGCAAGCGGUGGUGCUUAUGGUAGCCAAAUGAUGGGAGGCAUGGGCUUGUCAAACCAGUCCAGUUACGGCGGCCCAGCCAGUCAGCAGCUGAGUGGUGGUUAUGGAGGCGGCUACGGUGGCCAGAGCAGCAUGAGUGGAUAUGGCAGCCAAGGAGCAGUGAACAGCAGCUACUACAGUAGCGGAAGCCGAGCAUCUGUGGGCGUGAACGGAAUGGGAGGGAUGUCUAGCAUGUCCAGUAUGAGUGGUGGAUGGGGAAUGUAACUGAUCCUGAUCACUGACUCUUGGUCACCGUUUUUUUAAAAGAAACAAAGUUUAACAGUUUUGCAAUACAAGCUUGUGAUUGAUGCUUAUUCUAAGUGGAAAUCAGGAUUGUUUUAAAAGACUUGAGGUUCAGUAUUUUUGAACACAAACAUUCAUCUAGGAUGUAACAACUGAGUAAACUAUAACUGUUAAACAAUUUUCAGCUUUUCUCUAGUUCUAUUGUAGGAUGUACUUAAGCAGCAAGUGUAUUUAGGUUAAAGCAGUUGAAUUAUGUUAAAUGUUGCUCUUCUACAUUACAUUGAACACUGUUGGGAUGCAUGUUGAAAGACAUGCUUUUUUUGUAAAACUCAAUAUAGGAGCUGUGUCUACAAUUAAAAGUGAACACAUUUGGCAUGUUUGUUAA